UUCAAUUAGUUUAUUUCAUUGCAAUUGAGGAUUGAAGCAACUCUUAAACAUCGGACAUCAACAAUUCAUUCCAAGAUGAAGAUUAAUCUCAACUUUUCUUUUUUAUUAUGUUUUCUUUAUUUAAUUAAUUCUAUUAUUUGUGACGAUUUCAAAUGCCCUGAGAAGGGUAAAGUCGGUGAAUUGAGAGUUCCAAAUGUUCUCAGUUUGAUUGAUAAACAAACUGGUUAUCGUUCGUCUGUUGAAAUUUCUAAUUCGAUUUAUUAUAACACCUUGGUCCAUGAUUAUUUUGAUGUGAAAAACAAUGUUGGAUAUAUCGACUUGGAGCAAACCAUUCAUGAUACAAUGAGUCGUAGUUAUUAUUAUCAUUCAACAGACGAAAAGAUUACUGUUCGGGGAAAUACAUGCAAUAGAUUGGACUUGACCCAGAAUGGGAAAAUUACUUCGAUCAAAGAAUGGUUUGAACCAAAAGAUAUUGUCGAUAAAUCAGAAAUCUUCAAAGAUUUGGUUCAUUUGGGACCAACAGGAUUGAUGAUUUAUGCCAACAGUAUAAGUGAUAAAGCUUCCUUCAUUGGAUCCGAACUGAUUGAAGGUCGUACUGUUAAUCAUUGGUUUUAUUGUACCAAUCCUAAUGGACCUUACAUUGACUUUUACUUUGAUGUUAAGACCUCGUUGCCUCAUCGGUUCUCAUUGUAUUAUCCUGAAUGGAUUGAAACUCAGGAGGUGAUUUCAGUAAAUGAAACCCAAACAGUCAAAAAGCAAAUUGAUUCCAAGUCAAAAUAUGUUUAUAACUUUUAUAUGUUUGAACCGUUGGUCAUAACAUCAGAUGACGCCAUACAAUAUCCAUUGGGUUAUGGAUGUGCUCGCAAAGGUACUCGUGCAUCUACUCCAUUACCAGAUUUUAGUAACGUUAAAGAGUUUACUAUGGAUAUGGAAGCGAUACUAACAUAUCCUGAUAGUGACCCUAUUAAAUCAACUGCUCGAGUAAUGAAACGAGGCGAUGUUAUUUCAUACGAAAUUCAAGAAGAUACUGAUUUCGUUCGUUCCAUUGAAAUGCCUCCUCCUUUGGGACGAUUUGAAGUUGAUGAACACACCGGCCGAUGUAGAUAUUUAACGUCAGAUUAUUCGUCUGAUGUUACUCUAAUCACUCGUUGGCCUUUCCAUCAAGAUCGUGGUUUCAAUCUAUUUUACUAUCUAGUAAUGAAACCAACUCGAGAUCAUGCACCAACUUUCAUUGGUGAAAUACCUUUAGGACCGUUGCGAGUGGAAGAAUACAGAGCUGCCAACUUUUUCUUAAAUAGAGUGGAUGCUAUUGUAGACUAUUAUUAUACACAGAACACCAGCAAUUCUGUUCCAAGUAAAGUCAUAUUCACUCCAGAUCGACGCAAUUCUUAUUAUAGCUCCGUCGAUGUCCCAACUCAAGUUGAAGUAACCAUAGUUAAUUAUGAAGACGGUUACAUUUAUUAUGAAGAUCGAUUCGAUGUGUCAGGCUGUUAUGAAGAACCUGGAAGCUAUACUUGGUUUCAACUUUUCAUUUCAAAUCCUUGGACGAGUGAAUACAAUCUCGAACAAAUCAAAGAAACAACAGAAUCAUACUUAGCUUCAUUCAUUCCAAUAACUCGCAUUGGUGAAAUUCAUGCACAACAAGUUGAUUCUAAUGUUUAUAUCACUGUUAAGCUCUAUGAUCGUGUACAUUUCAUUGAAGCUUAUCGUCGUUCGAAUCAAUUUACUGUUAUGAAUCCUUCAAAUAUUGUGCAAAGAUUCAAAGUCGAGGACUGUGAACAACUUUGCAGUGCAAAUCCUGACUGCAAUGAUUUCAGUUAUUGUGAUGAUUACGAUUGUUCAAUUUUCACAGAUCAUUAUGAGUGGGCCCAAAAAGAAUACAAACCUGGAUGCAGAUACUAUACCAGAUCAAUAACGGAGGUCACUCCAUUGGUCAAUAAAAAUUAUUUGUCGACUAUGGAACAUGUGUUACAACAGAUAAGGAAUAAAAUCUCAUCAGGCGAAUUUGUUCUAGACAUAUCUGGAUUAACAAUUGAAGAUUUGUUCGUUGUGAAUGGACCUGAAGAGAUUGGUGAUAUAGCCCAGGAACUACAUACAAGUGGGUCAACUCCUUUACGAGCUGAAGAUUUUCCGAUGUUAAACACUAAUCGUCAUUUCAAUGAAGCACAAUUCAAGAUGGAGAAAAGUACUCUUCAAGAUUGUUUCAUGGCUUGUGUCAAUGAUGAUGAUUGUAAUACACUUUCAUAUUGUGUUAACCAGAAUAAGGAAUGUAUUCUGAGUGGAGAAACAUCGGGUUCAUUGAAAGACGCACUUGAAGACAAAACGAGUCAUGCAGAUGGAUGUAACAUCUAUCAAAAAUCAUUUAUGAAUCUAUUCCAUGAGUAUCCUGGCAAAAGUCUAGUUCUGGAUGCCGUCUCAACCAUAUCUAAUGUACCAAUUGGUGAUUGUGCUAAAACAUGUGCUCAAUCAAGUGAUUUCAAUUGUGAAUCAUUUGAUUAUUGCCAAGACAGUUAUCCAAGAAAUGAAUCUGUCUGCUUCUUACAUGUUAAUCACAUUGAGAUAGAUGCAGUUCAUCAAAUAAAUGCAACAAACUGGAAGGCGGCUGAGUCUGGAUGUUCCCAUUAUUCAAAAAAAUCUGAACUUGAUUAUGAACAUAAAGUUGGACUUGCAUUGAAAGAUAACACGAAAGAAUCAAUUGUUGGAACCUUUGACCAUUUAUCACUAGAACACUGUGCUUCCAGAUGCAAUUCAGAUCCUAAUUGUUUUACUCUCGAGUUUUGUGAAUCGAUUGACUAUAAUCAAGUCUCCGAUAGCAGUGUUUCAUUGACGAGUUGUGCAUUGACAAACUUGAAACCAAGUAAUGCCAACCAACCUGGACUAUUUGAAGAAACAAAAAGCACCAAAAAAAUUUGUUCAAUUUACAUAAAUCACAAUAAGAUCACAGGAAAAAGUAAAACUGAUCCACAGCCAUCUGCAUUAAUAAAACCACCUGAAUCAUCAACUAAAUCAAAUAAUUUGAAGAUAGCAUUUGGAUUGGGGACAAUAGUCUGCUUGAUGGCCUUUGCUGGUGGAUUCAUUGGAUAUAAAUUUGCUGCUAGAAAAGGAGUCAUUUCAUAGACUAACUUAUCAGAGGAAAACUGAAGAUGAAUGUUUAUGAAUCAUUCAAUCUUAAUCAACAUGAUACAUUUUUGCAAUAUAUUAUGUAGUUUAUUCUGUAUUUAUGUAAUGUAGCUCUUCAUAAUACUUUUCAUACUUCAAAGCUCUAAAAGAUUUGUUGAUUUCGCAUCACUUCUUAAAAUUGAAAAAAACCUAAAAUAAACCUAACAUAUUUUGUCUAUUCAUUA